AUGAUGACCACCUCCGAGAUCCACGUGGACGGCUCCGUGGUGGAGGAGGUCGACCUCAACAAGGGGGACCAGGACACGGCCCCCCUCCACGAGAGGACCGGAAGCAACGAGGUUAAAAACCUUGACAAGAAAGAGGUCCAAGUCGGGCUCUUCAAGGGGUUCGUUUUAUCACACACGACGCGGCACAACGAGUUUGCCACGUCCCUGAGCAACAAGACCGUUUUUUCCAUGCUCCAGAGUGAAGAACUGCACAAGUGGAGGCGCGACGCCGAUGGCAACUCAUGGUUGUUGCUGGGGCAUCGAGGAGCUGUGGUGGGUAUCCCUAAACUGGAGGUGUCUUGGGAGGUGGGUGGCGAUGUGGGUGUGCUGGUGGUGGAUGCACGGAGGGAGUGUCUGUUGUUUUUUGAUUAUUUCUGGUUAUAA